AUGAAGGUUUCAGUGAAACUCCAAGAUCACCACAAAAGCCACGACCAGAACCACCACCCGCCGCCACUCCUCCUCCGUGCCAAAAUACCAAUUACAAUCUUCAACCUUCCGUUCCUUUCUCACUUCUCCACCACCACCGCCCACCCAUCUGACCUCUCCCUCUCUCUAUCCACCAACUUGCCUUCUGGGCCCUCCCUCAAACUCUCUUAUGCCUCCGCCGCCGCUGCCGCCGCUGGGGCUGAGGCUUCCGCCGCCCCCCUUAGUCUGACUCUGAAAUCAGGGACUGGCCUGUUUGGAUCCCCCAAGAACUCCCCUCUCGUCAUCUCUGCUCACUUCUCUUUCAACCCUUCUAAUCCUAACCAUCCUAACCCCACUUUCUCUCUCUUCUUCAAGCCACAACUGGGCUCUUUCUCUCUCCGAAAAUCCACCUUUUCACACGCGGGAUCCAGUGGCAGCAGCGAACGCGCAGAUGGGCUUGCUGGUUGUGAUUCCAACUCCUUCGGGUUUGUGCCACUGGAGAGCCCCGCAGUUGUGAAGGACCUCUCAGCUGAAAGACAUGAUAAAGAUUCCAUCUUUAAGGGGAUUCAACUGGCGGCGAGGACAGAAAUGCUUGUGGGUAAGAGGGUGGCAUUGAAUUUCAGGUGGUUCACAAAAUUUUCCGAGGAUCAAAUGCCGGUUUUAAGAAUCAACAAAAUUGGUAUUCAGAGGGUUGAUGAUGUGUUGAAGGAUGAUGAGGAGAGCAAGAAGAAGAGUGAGGCGAAAGCUGGGGAGCUAGAGAUGUUGAAGGGUAUGUGUUUUUGGAUGAAAAGGGAGUUGGAUGUUUUAACUAGAGUUAACAGGGAGAUGAAGUGUGAGUUGGAAGAAAUGAGAGGGGGGCAUUUGGCCAGGAAUGGUGGUGGAGAUAUUAGGGAGGGCGUUGCGAAAAGGGCAAUGCCGUCUGUUAGGAGUCCUUCGGGUGGGUUCGAGCAGUGGAGAAGUAAGCGCAACGGUGGAGGCCAAGAGAAUGGCAAUGUGAAUGGGGAAAAAGAAGACAAGAAGAACGGUAGUCUUGCCAUUGAUGUUGAGAAUGAGUUGCAGAGAGCUAUAAAGGCUGCUGCUGCUGCUCCAUAA